AUGUGGCUUAGAAGACGUCAAUGGACUAUUUGUUUAUUCUUAUGCGAAUCUUUUAUUAUCUUUAUUGCAACUUCUUCAUGCGUUCCAUAUUGUCUUUUGUAUAAUGCUUUAUACACUACGGAAAAUCCACCUUUACCUACUUCUUCAAUGUUUCUAAAAUUAUCACCUAUUACUACUUCGGUAAAAUGA